AGAAUAGAUUGUAAGAAGUAUAUCAAUACAUUUGUGUGUUGCUAAGGAAAGUGGUGUUCGUGAUCUAAGAUGUUAACAGCUUCCGUUGUGCCCCGCAUACAUUGCGGUGAAAGAAAAAAUAUAUUGGGGCUUGUCCUCUUACGAAAACGACAGUCAAGCUAGUGUUUAAUUGCCCACGCUGUCGUGUUGUUCGGCACAGCCAGGUAUGUACGGGGACCGGUAUGCUACAUGUACGCUCUAAUAGCGGUUGACAACUGCGUUUCAACUCAACACCAGCCAGGAUCAUGGUGCACGGCAGCUCGCGUUUCUUGGUUAUCGCAUAGAACGCAGUCGUGAGCGCUGCGUUGUGAAAUCAGUCGAUGCGUAUGUUCGAUCACCUGCCCUCCGCCCGAAAUCCUGGCUUUCGUCGAAGUCGACAGAGUCCGUCGAGGACUGCCACUCGAAUCUUCGCGAAAAGACAAGCAGGACAAGGGGUCCUUCUGACAGACUGAUGGUGCCCUGUCCUGCGCAGCGUGGUACGGUGUGAAUCGUCGGUGCACGCGUGUCAAGACUGCUUAGUUUGGGCGAUAUAAAAUGAGUAAGCGAGGCGGCUGGACUCAAUUCAGGCUAUGAAUUGGUCGCUGUCAGUGCGGUCGUCUCGACGAGUGGGCCCCAUCGCGUUGCUUGCUAAGAAAUUGGCUUGGAAAAACAUAAAUACGGCUCGUGCGUGGCUCGGUGACCAGCGGAAGCCACUUCGUCGGAUAGCCUGUGGGCGCGCAGCUCUACGUAUUUGAGACCGGGCCUUUCCUUUCCUAUAAAGACAAAGAUCUCGGGUCACUAGAAAAACGCAAAUCCACGAGGAGGUAGGAGCCGUCUCACGGUGUUCAACACAUGUUCCUCUUCCUCUAGAAAACAUCGGCCAAUGGACACCGUUUGAUCCGCUCAUAUGCAUGCCACAUUGGUAAUGCGUCAUGUUGGCCACUGCCAACUGAGUAUUUAGUACGUGGCCAGGUUUCUCUUGUCCAGUCGCCCGGUGUGUACAUAUUCGGCUGAAUAGAAGAACUUUGCACUUACUGUACUCCCAUUUACGGACAUUUUAGGCUCUUUCGUUGUGCUUAGUCCUUUAACACUUACUACAUGCAUGCCCUCAAGGAAGAUCAUUUUGAAGUUUUGGCGUUUAGAUCUGCAGUUCAUCCUAGACAGCUUCAAACCUGUGAAUUUUGCCUGCAAUUGAGUCUCAAAACUCCAGUGUGUGCGUCUAUUCAUUCCCCUUCGUGAAGGUUCUGAUCCCUCCAAGCUCGGGAAAGUGAUUCAGACACCGGCCCCGUGCUUUGACCCCGACACCUUUGAUAUGGUGCCAACGGUUCCAGCAUAGAUACGCGGCGUCGGUACAACACCAAGCAGCCAUGCAAGUCAGUCAACACCUUAAUUGUCAGCGAGCGACUUAUUAAGGCGCCGAAUUAAUGCUACAUCGCCCAGUUGAGUUGGCCAGCUCCCUCUGAGCGGUGUAUCGGACGUGCGACUGAAGCUGCAGUUUCCGUGGCGCCGCGUUCGAUCGCUUCCUGAGUAUUCGAGGUUCUUAACGAUGCCAGACGUCCAGUCAGCUAGCCCAAGCUGUCUGUGGUUACGCCCCGACCAAGCUCCAUAUCAACCUCAUUCUGCAUUUUACCAUCUCACGGUCUGUCGGAUCCCCUGCUUCCAGCAACAAUGGCCACGCUCCCAUCCACCCAGAACCCCGACGUUGAGGCCGUCCCCGUCGUCGCAGAGCCCCUGGCCUUCAACGACGACUUCGACAAGACUGAGAAUGGUUAUGCUGGCAUGACGACCACACCCAAGGGCGCUGCCGCCUACACCGACCGCCAGGGCUUGGCCCACCUCGCCGUCAAGAGUGUGCACAUGCGCGAGUGCUUCGCCGAGUUCCUCGGCACCUUCGUCAUGAUCGUCUUCGGCAUGGGCGUCAACAACCAAGUGACCAACUCGGAGGAGAAGAACGGCACGUGGCUCAGCAUCAACAUGUGCUGGGGCAUCGGCGUGCUCAUCGGCGUCUACUGCUCCGAGGGCAUCAGCGGCGCCAACCUCAACACGGCUGUGACGUUGGCGCACUGCGUGUACGGCCGCCUGCCGUGGUGGAAGGCGCCGGGCUACAUGAUCUCGCAGCUGCUGGGCGCCUUCAUCGGCGCCUUCGUCAUCUACGUCAUGCAGUACCAGAACCUCAACGUCAUCGACCCGCAGCGCGAGACCACGCAGAGCAGCUUCUCCACGUACCCUAGCGACAACAUCUCCAACUACACGGCCUUCUACACGGAGUUCGUGGGCACGGCCAUGCUCGUGCUCAGCAUCUACGCCAUCACGGACAAGCGCAACCGCGCGGCCGGCCCCGUGGGCGCCGCGUUCGCCUUCUGCCUCAUGAUCAUGGCGCUCGGCAUGGCCUUCGGCAUGAACACGGGCUACGCCGUGAACCCUGCGCGCGACUUCGGUCCUCGCCUGUUCACGUUCUGCGCCGGCUGGGGCUCCAAGGUCUUCACGACGCGCAACUACUACUUCUGGAUCCCGAUCGUGGCGGACCUGAUGGGCGGCGUUGCUGGCGCUGGUUUGUACCGCCUGCUCGUGGAGAUCCACCACCCGCCGCUCCUGCACCAGAACUAAGUGUUCGUGUUGCAACGGCUUCAUAGAGAACAUGACACGCUGGUGACGACAUAGCCUCUCUGCGUACAUACCACGCAUCGCCAUUCGAAUUGAAAGCGUUUCGCGCCUUCGUAGGGUUCUGAGAUAGAGAUAAGCUAGAGAAUGGCAUUUUCAUCAUGGAGUCUUUCGUGUAGUGAGGCCAACGCUUUCGAGCCAGCAAAAAGGCAAGUUGAAGUUGCCUUUAUGUGCAGUACACUAAUCUGUGUUUCGUACACAUUUAUUUACGCUUCAAAGACGUGCACCACGAUUUCACUUCCAGCAAAUACCGCGCCGGCCAUGGCCACAGACGCACAAGCGAGCAUCAGGCCGAUCAGCUUCCAGUAGCUCGAGGCAAGAGUUGCAUCAUGUCGGACAUGGUCAAGAUCGGAGCGGCCAUGACGGUGGGGGCCGCACUGGGCGCCGCCGUCGCCGUCAAGUCCGUGUGGGGCCUGGCCCGCGUUGAGACCAUCUCGCCCAAGGGGUCCAAGAAGGAGAAGCCGGUCGUGACCUUAUUCGUCUACGACCACUGCCCAUUCUGCGCUCGGGCCCGCGCCGUCCUGGGGCUCAAGCAGGUUCCGCACGAGCUGGCCUUCAUGGCCAGCCAUGAUGAGACCACGCCCGUGGAGCUCGUGGGUGUCAAGCAGGCUCCCAUCCUCCUGCUGCCCAGUGGCCAAGCCAUGGCCGAAAGCAUGGACAUCGUCCGGUACGUGGACGAACACUACGGCGGGCCGGCCGUGCUGGCCCCAGCCUCGGGCCGCGAGGACAUCAAAAAGUGGAUCGAGUCGUCGACACGCGUGUUCAACGCGCUGUACCACCCGCGGGCCCACAAGGCCCCGUU